AAAUAACUGUCACUUGUCAGUUAUUAGACCAAAAAAAACUUUAUAUUUUUACCCAACGUAUUUGUGCACAACAUAAAUAAAUGCCAUAAUGAAUAAAUCUAAAGAAUAUAUAAUUCCAAUUCAAAUGGAAGAUGACAUUAUUGAGCAAAAAGAAGACGAAGAAAUAGUUAAAAUUAAUGAUGGCAGUCUGAACGAAACUAACGAAGAUACAAUAGAAUGCAGUCCCAAUGGAUCACCGGAAGAAUUCAUCAUAGAACCAAAGAAAACGAUCAAAAUAAAACCGUUCACAGAAAUCAAAGACUGCGAGGAAUAUUUAAGAAAAUACGACGAGUUCGAGGAACGCAAUAAAUACUCAUUAUUAAACAUAAACGUCCCAGAAAAAAUUAUUUUAGUCAUAGAUCGUGCUCAGGAUGAGAAUUGUACUAAUUUUACAGCAGGUAAUGCUAGAUAUACCCCAAUGACUAUGCUAAGAAGGUGUUUACACUUAUUUGUAAAAUUAAAAAAUAAUAUAAAUAAAAACCACGAAUUCGCUAUAGUUUUAUUAAACGAAAACGAUGUAACGUGGGCCAUGCCUUUUACCAGUGAUAUGAGAAAAGUGAACAAUUUUAUAGAAAAAAUUACUUUGUGUGAAGUUGAAGACACUUUUGAUAUGAAUUUACUAUUUGAAGAAAUUCUACCGAAUAUCAAUGUACCAGAAGAAGAAAUAGCCCCUCCCUAUUUAAUUCGUAUGAUAAUAUUUUACGGUCGAUCCUAUACCAUUCCUAAAAUAGAAUUUAAUAAAGAAAUUAAGGAUUUAUUGAAAAAACCUUUCUUUAUCUGUGAUGUCUUGAUGACUCAUGAACCUGCUGAUAAAAGCAAUCACUGUAACAAGAUAUUUGAUUGUUUGGGGAAUAUGGAUAGAAAAGGGAUUUCUUAUUUCAUUCCUGUAGGUAGAAAUACUUUGAGAUUACAUAAUGGUAUGGCUAAAUUAUUGGGACAUGGAUUGCAGAGGCCUAUACAGAAAUUCUUGAAAAUUUAAUAAUUCUUUAUAAAAAAAAUUAUCUGAACACUUUAUUAUUUUGUAUAUUUGUUACUUAUUAUCAGUAGCAUCAAUUUAUAAGCUGUAUAAUUAAAAAAUAAAAGUAUUGAUUAUAGUGUUUAUUUAAUUGAUAAACUGCUUAAACUCACAUGUACCCCAUAAAGUAAUUUACUUCAUUUAUUUAACACACUAAGCACCAAAGUGAUUUUCAAUUUUUUGAAUAAAUGUUUUAAUUUUUACACAGUCGUUUUUUCUUAUUAGCUAAACCCAAAUACACCACAGUAAUUGACCAGGCCAAGGCUUGGUUUUCUUCAUAUAAAAGGCAUUAAAACCGUGUGUAUGUAAGAUACACAAACAUUUAAACACAAUUUGUUGGAUGUAUCUUUUUCGAUUCACAAUGGUUCUGACAGUGUGCAUCGAAAAGGAUACAUCGGCGCUUAGAGUGUUAAGACACGCCUUACUAUUAAAGUUAAAAUCAAAAUGUAGGAUUAGAAUUCAACAUAAAUCUAUUUGUAAACAGUUCAAUGAAAUAUAAAAUUGGUUAAAGCACUUAAUCAUGUGAUAUUUUAAAUUUUGAUGGUAGCAUUGAGUUUUCUCUCAAUUUUUACCUUUUUUUUUUCUGUAUAUAGAUAAAGAAAGUAUAGGAAUCAUGAUUUUUUUGACGGAUUUUUAUGUAAUACAGAAUUGGCAUUUAUAAAAGGACGUACUGUUAGAAUAAAAACUCACUCUACAUUAAAUAUUUUAAUGAACAAGACAUUGUGAAAAAUAUUCAAGAUAAAUUACCUAUAUUAAAAGGCCACAUACAAUUCGAAAUAGGGAUGUAUUUAAAAAGAGGCACAACUGGCACAGUCUCUUAAAACGAUUUUAUUACAAUUAAUUAAAAACAAGUAAAUUUGUUUUUAUUUAAUUAUAUGUAUUCUACUAAAAAUUAAAUCAAUUUUAAAAUAACUACCGAAAUAUAGUGGUAUAAAAAAAUUAAAUAUCAUUUUAGCUCGAUAUUUUAAAAACAAUAUGUAAUAAAAAAUAGACUAGAGUGCCUCCUAGAAAUAAAUGGCAAAAUUUUAAUCAUGUAUACAAUUUAUCUAACGCCAAUAACUGUUAAAUAUUUUUUCCUAAAACCUCCUCAAAUAGUAGUUUUUUUAACACGUUAACUGUCCUAAUGGUAUUUUUCCGCAAACCGUUACACGUCUCCAUUUAAAUUUGUAUGCCCCAUAUGUGGUUCACAGGACUCUGUGAUAAAUUAAUGUAAGUCCUACGACCUAUAUAUGGAUCGUAAAAUAAAACCUUGAAUAUUUGGCAACGUUUCGCAAUAAGCACGUGUUCUGUGUUUCAGCCCGCCAAUAUUGAUUGGUAGCAAAGCGAGUUAGAAGAUAUCGCGGAAAAUCUAUCCGAAAUAAGUUCUGCCAGUGAUUUUGAUUCAGACGACAGUGUGGCAGACCCGCAUUACGGAAAUGAAGAUGGCGAUUCAAGUUUUAAUAAAGAAACGGAUGAUAGUGACAUUCAAGAUGAAAGAUGAAAGAAUGAGAGUGAUCCCGAUUUUCUACUAUAGAAUGUUACUGGAAAAACGACCCAUUGUAUUACCAUUAACUUUUCCACCGACUUCCUAUAAGGUAUAACCGUUUUACAUUUCGGCAUUUCAAAGACAAAACAAUACCUUCAGAAGCCGCUUGUCAAAAAUUGCACACUUGUGGACAAAACGAUGGUUCCUUUCAAAGGCGUCUGCAGUUUCGUCAGUAUAAUCCAUCAAAAGCCCAUAGAUAUGGUAUCAAACCAUUCAAAGUGUGCUCUCCACUUGGAUACACUUGGGAUCUAAACAUUUACAGUGGACAAAAUGAAAGACGCCAAGGACUAGAUCUUCCUGGCAGUACAGUUGUUGAACUAGUUGAUCCCUUGUUAAAUGCUGGAAGAUUAGUUAUAACUGACGAUUAUUAUAUAAGCAUUGAACUUGCCAAAUACCUCUACAAGAGGAAAACAAAUUUGUUAGGAACUGUGAGAAAAAAUAGAAUAGGCCUGCCCAAAGAUGUAGUCAACUGCAAACUAAAAAAAGGACAGAUAAUUACCAAACAAAAUAAUUGUAUAACAUUCUUCAAGCGGCACGAUCAAAGUGAUGUCCAUAUGCUAUCCACGUGCCAUGAUCAUCAAAUGAAAGUUUAUGAAAAAAAGAAAUGAAGAAGAUAAAAUCAAACCCUUAGCUAUAAUAGAGUAUAACAAGGGAAAGUAGGGGGUAGACAUAUCAGACCAAUGGUUCAAAAAAUUGGCCAUUGAAAUAAUUUGUGGGACCCUCAUUGUCAAUACUUUUAUUCUGUAUAAUUCUGCGCGUCCAGUGAAAGAUCAGUCAUCAAUGAUUAAAUUUGUGAAUUGCACCAUAUUCCGACAUCAUGAACAGAUCUGGGCCAUGAGCUUGUAAACCAUUAAUUUUAGGAGGAUACCCUUUUCGAUUUAUGUAUUGAUUUCCAUGACCACGGAUCUUUUUUAUACUUAUGUAAGUACAAUCAAUGACACCUACUGCGCAGGAAAAACUAUAUAUUGUUUUGAACUUUUCUUUGCCCAUAUGUAUAUCUUCGAAGACAUUUUAUUUAAGAGCUAGGUUUUUCUAUAAUUUUAUUCAUAACCUGCGUCACAACUUUUGAAACUGAAGAUGGUGGACUCCCAAAUCUUCUCCUAGCCCAGAUUGAAAAUCUGGGUAUGCUACAUAAAUCAAAAAUAUUUUUGGUUAAACUGAAACUGCCUCGAAGGAGACUCCACUUAUAUGGAGUAGAAACUCAGAUUUUUAAGCACAAAUUUAUUUUUAUUCGUAAGAAAAUUAAGUUUGUACUCACUUCAAAUUGUACAUAAGAGUAUCUACUAAUGAUGAGCAACUACCUUUAGUUUUUAUUCAUACAGAUUGAAGUAUUUACUUCACAAUUAUUAGCAUGAAGUACAUGCUCUGCUUUAUUCAUAUUAGCCAUUACUGGACAAGUAAUUAUGAGGUAUUGAUCAAUUUGUUUGCGAAUUUAAGAGAAAUAAAGAGUAUUCUAAAAAAAAAAAUAGUUAUACCGCCAAAAAUAAUCUGCAAAAGGAUGAAAGA